GUAGCGUAGAAGCAGCAAAAGGGUGAAAAAUCGGUGAAAUCGAGCGGCCACCAGACUGAGGACAGACACGCGAACAGGAGCGUGCAGAAAUGUCUCCCUUCGAAAAUAAAGGACUAAUACUGGGCAUAAUGGCAGGAACUGCUGGAUUAAGCCUGGUGCUGGUUUGGUACCGCAAGAUCCGAAAGCCUGGUGCAGCUGUGCGUAUACAUGCGUUCCAGGAUAUAGGUAACACCAUUAAUUCUGUAGGCUUGCAAAAUGAGGCUCCCAAUGAGCAAGGAGCAGUAAUGGUUUUACAUGGAAGGCAACUGCAGAUACUAGAAAAAUUGAAUGGCCUGCUGCUAAGCGUGGACGAACUGAAGAGAGAGGUGGAAUUUCUGAAAGAAGCUAUUCCAAAACUUGAAGAGCUUGUUCGAAAUGAGCUUCAAGGAAAGGGUGAUGUUCAGAGAGUUAGCCCAUCACACAGAGCAACAAGGCGAAGAAAAGCAGAGACGGCUUCUGGUACAAGAGAAACUACCAGCUCUGAGGAGGCGGAAAGUGAAGGAGGUUACCUUACCGCUCAUACUGAUUCUGAAGGAGACUCCGAGGAAGAAAAGAGAUGUAUGAAAUCACCUGAUGCCAUAGUGAAAUCAGAAGAAGAUGAAGACUUACUUAAUUUUUUACAGCAGGUGGACAAUUUGCAUAAGGGUUCAGAGGAGGAUAAAAAAGAGGGCUUCAGACUGCUACUUGAGAAGAAUGAAAAGUACGAAAACCGUGUGGACUUUCUUUGGAGGCUUGCACGUGCUUAUGGAGAUCUGUUUGAGAUGACUACUGAUGCUGAGGAGAAGAGGAAAUAUGUAACUGAUGGAAAGCUUAAAGCUGAAAAGGCUGUUCAGCUGGAUGCUGGAAGUGCUGAGAGUCACCAGUGGUUUGCAAUUAUGUGUGGCUAUAUGUCUCAGUUUGAAAGUGUACAAAACAAAAUCAGGAAUGGUUAUCUCUUUAAGGAGCACCUAGACAAGGCAAUUGAACUUAAGCCUCAAGAUCCCCUUUUAUAUUACCUAAAUGGAAGAUGGUGCUAUUCAGUAGCUCAGUUGUCUUGGAUUGAAAAGAAAGUAGCUGCUGCUCUCUUUGGGACUCCACCAACUUCAACAGUAGAAGAAGCAUUGCAGAAUUUCCUUAAGGCAGAAGAAAUGCAUCCAGGAUAUUCCAAAUGCAAUUAUGUGUAUUUGGCAAAGUGCUAUAAAGAUCUUGGCCAGAAAAACAAUGCACUGAAGUACUGUGAUUCUGCACUGUCAAUUCUCUCAGUUACUAAUGAGGAUAAAGAGGCCCAGAAAGACUUAGAGGCUUUACUUCUUACACUGAAGCUCUGAUACUACGUACUUUUAACUCUUCAUGCUGUAAUAAAAUUGCAAAACUAAAAUGAGAAUCUACAGUGACUGGAAACUGCGGGUGAAUUUCAGCUAAGUCAAUGGAAAAACAGUCAUUGAUUUUGGUUGGCUUGGAUCAUGGCCUUUAAGUGUCUGGUGAUUAUGAUAUUAAAAUAAUACAUUAAUUUUUGAUUAUUUAUAAUCUUGUACUGAAGUUUAAUUUUAGAUUUCUGACACUGUGAGUCUGAUUCUCUGAACAUGAAGUCCACUGCUGGCAAUGGACAUACUGAGGGUUAGAAUGCAAAAGGAAUAAAUCUCACUCUUUGAAAGAUUAAUCAACUAAUACAUGAUGCCAGCAUAGAACUGUGUGUAGCAUAAACAAACAAGAAAGUGUUUCUAUAGUAAAUUAUAUUUAUAUCAACUAAUUUACACAGAUGUGUACAGAAGAAAAACAUGAAUAUUUAUGUUUACACAUUUCUCUACUCGUAAAAAAAUUACAAUCUUGUUGGAGUUAAACAAAGCUGUUGCCGCAACAAAGCUCUUUUUACUUUAAACCUAUUGUUGGUUUUACAAAGAAAUGUGAAAAUUUUAUAAAUUAAAUAUUAUAAUUUAUUUGUAACAUCAAGUACAAUAUUAAAGAUCAGACCAAAUAAAUAAAGUGGUUUAGAUUAAUCUAUUACAGCUGUGAUGUUUAAUGGAUUUGUAUCAGGACCUCCAUCAAGUUUGUGAAGUCUGGCUCUCUGUCUUUGAAGAGUUGCCUAAUGUGGUUUCAUCAGAGAGUCUUUGAAGAAACUUGUCCAGCAGGUGUCCAUCACUAACCUUUUAUAUCAUUUAUAUAACAUAACCUCUACAUAAAAAUAGACUACUUAAGACCUACUACUUCUGUCUGAGUGUCUUGGACGGCAGUGUUUUCAAUAAAAAGUAGUAGAUAGGGAAAGAAUUUCCAUUCACCAGUGGAGUUAUCCAGAAUACACCCGAGUCUGUAGAAGAAUAGAGGCCAGUUGGGAUUGGCUUUUAAUUCAGGAUUUUAAUCCAGAUGCAGGGAAUGUAUUGGGAAGAAGUAGUAGUAGUAGUUGUAGUGGUAGUAGUAGUUCCUGUUGAAGGACGUAGAAUUGAGUAAGGACAACUGUAUGUUCCCUUGGUCUAUUUGACGUGUAAGAUAAUGUGGACCACUUUAUGGCAAAGACAGGGAGAUAUUCACAUAUUGAAAUAUGCAUUUUAGGUUUUUCUAAUGUUCAUCCUGUGGAAAAAUAGUUUCUAUAUGUCUUUCUCAAUUCAAGAGGUUUGGCUUUUUUUAAUACAUGAUUUCAGAGAAAAGGGAAAAUACCAUGAAAGAUUAAUUCUAACAGUUCCCUCUGUGCCAGAGUGUUGUGAUUCACACAAAAUAAUUGAUUUGUGAAUGGGGAAAACUAGAAAUUAUUUUGGUAAGGGGCUGUUGGUAAAGUCUGCUUUAGACAUUUUCAUAGUCAAUGCAGGUAGCAUAGUUUAAAAGAAUCUACAAGAGUGAUUUGUACUUAGGGUUGUUAACAAUUCAGUCACCUAGGAAGAUGUAAUAAGGAUGCUUUUACUGAAAUCAAUUUUAUGCUAAUUGAUAUCCUUUAUAAAAUAAAUUGGAUUAUGCAACAGAUACUUCAUUUACAAGUAAUUAUUGGUGAUAAAAGCUGAAAGUGUAUUGGAAGAAUAGAUUAGAACAAGAAGUUACUUACAUUAAUUACUGAAAUUACAUGACGUAAGUAGGAUUUGCUUCAUUAAGGGCAAAUAUUAAGUCUUGAAUUGAAGUAAUUAAGAGAAAGAUUGGAGUAGACCAGGCUAGUUGUAAUUCUAUGGAAAAGGACGUGCAGAUUCCAGUGAGUGGCAAGUUAAUCAUGGGUCAAUAAUGUUAUGUUUUUGUGAAAAAGCAAAUUUCAUACUAGACUGAAUAAGUAAACAUUCCCCAUUAAAUUCACAUGAAAUAACCUUUUACUCUAAUUAGGCCUAAUAAGUUCUAAUGAGAUCUGAGCUAGGAUACUGUAUCUAGUUUCAGGCACCACACUUGAGGGAGGUUGGGGGCUAACUGGAAGGAGUCCAGUGGAAAGAGACAAAAAAGAUGAGAGUGCUAGACAACAUUAUUUUGCGUGUAAAACAUGAAAGAAUUUGGUGUGUUUAGUCUGCAGGAGCAAGGACUAAAGGAGUAUUCACAUUUGUAAAAAGCUUUUGCUAAGAAGACAGUAAAAAAAGAACACCAAACCUUAUUCUCCAAACUCCCUAUUCAUAGGGCAAGAGGUAAUUGCCUACUUUCAGAUUAGGCAUUAGGAGAAAAUAAUCCUGAUGGUAACUUUGCAAAGCCCUGUAAUACAUUUCCUGAGAACACUGCAAAAUCAUUUACUUAAGUUUUAGUAUGAAGUUAAAUCAGAUUCAUACAUUGGCAGUGUUUAAGGCACAGUUCAUCCUCUGGCAAAGGUUGGACUAGAUGACUUCUGAAGAUCUCUCCUGGCCUUGCUGUCCCUGGGAAGUGCACAACUCCAGCUCCCUGCGAGCCAUAGGCACUCCUGCAGGGGUUCCAGAGUCGAUGAGCUGUGUCUGCACACACUGGCUCAGUAUUUGGGUCCAGACUACCAAAUAAGUUUGCACUCUGAAGUAUUUAUCAGCAUGUUUCAAGACUUGAAUUUAAGGAUGUGCAUCAUGACUGCCAUUGACUAUUUAUUCUAACUGUGGUUUUAAUCUACGUGGUUACAUUUUGAAAGAAAUUUAUGCUUUUAUAAAUGAAAUUACUGAUCUUUCUUUUCAGCCUUUUGAAUUGAGUCCAUUAUAUUAUUUCAUUUUUUUCUCAUUACUAGUGUAUGUGUAGAAUUACAAAUUAACAUCUAUGAGAGAAAAGGCUGGACUAAAUUGUCCUUAGUAGUUUGCAGAAAUAUUAUUCACACAGGUAAAAAACAGCUAAGAUAUUUUAUGCUUUUAAAAGUUUUUACUAAUCAGUAUACAUGAGCAUUCUCAAAAUUUUUGUUUCUGAUUUGCUAAGCUGAGAACUUUUUAAAUUGAAGCACGCUCCCUAGAUUGUUUCCUAAUUGCUCCUUGGAAUAAAGCUUUUGCAUUUAGUUGUGGGCCCAGGCUAUCUGUUCUCUGUGUCAUAGCAGCUGGAGAAAAAGCAAGCAUAGCUCCAGAGGGCCAUAUGUUUUCUUUUUUGUUUAAAAUAUCCACAAGCAGACAGUCACUUCCGUAGUUUUGUCUCUGUGGAGGAGCUAGAUUCUGUGAUUCUGUAUUAACCCCCUGCGGGUUUGAAGCCAUAUGGAGCAGAUGGGCCUGCAGGCUUCCUGAAGCCACAGUAUUUCCUUCAGUUCUUCUACUGUGGCAUCUCUUCUUUGGUCUCUGCUCCAGUACGUACACUGUAAGUCCACUGUGGUAAUUUGUCUCUUUACAUACUUGAAAAAAGGUGAGCUCAGGGGGCCUUGACCUAGUACCAGGAUUUAUUAGAGUUAAAACUACUAGUUCUGCCGUCUGGGAUGAUUGAGGUAGGUUUUAUUUCUUGUGGGGAAGCUAAGGCUUCUGUCACCGAAUCCUUAUCCCUUUGCAGUUGUCCCUCUGCAACACACAAAGCACAUGAUACAUUUUUUGUGACAAUGGCACAGACACAUUGUGGAAAUGGUAACAGAGAUAGGCUCUCAUACUACUUUGUUCAGAGCACUGUCUUUCCUUCUGUGGAGUCAAGGUGAGAUAUGCAUUUCUCUGUAGUAAUAUCAAUACACAGACUUCUGCAAUCAGAGAGCUGUCCACCAGUGGUGAGUAGCUGAUGAUCUAGAAAAGAAAGUGACAAGUCCUAUGUCAGUUAAAUU